ACUUCACAAAGCACCUGUGACAUUGAAGAUGAAGUAAGGAAGGCCAUGAGAGAUUUUAGAUUCCGCAAAAGCAAAAAAAAUGCAGCAUUGAUAAUAAAAGUUAAUCGUGAAAAACAGACUGUUUGUUUGGAUCAACUUAUUGAGGAUGUUGAAAUUGAUGAAUUACAAGAGAUAAUUCCGAGCCAUGAGCCUCGAUACAUUGUGUACUCGUAUAAAAUGGAGCACGCUGAUGGUCGGAUAUCUUAUCCAAUGUGUUUCAUAUUUUAUACUCCGCGAGACAUUCAGAUGGAUCUACAAGUACUUUAUGCAACCAUGAAGCUCGUACUCCAAAAAGAAGUUGAGUUGACCAAAUGCUUUGAAGUAAGAGAGCUAGAGGAGCUCACUGAGGAAUGGCUUAAAGAAAAUUUAUCUAAGUAA